UUGAAAAAAGCAUUAUAAACACAAAACACACACACAUUUUGAGAUAAAAACAGCUUGAUGAACAUAUCAAGACAAAAGUUCACACACCAAACAAAAUAUAUGCCAUGAAAAUGUCACAUUUCAAGAGUCUGACUCGAGUAUUUUUGACAUUUUCUGGUUUAAAAAACAAAAUUCAGGAAUUUGGUGUGCACAGCAACUUACUUUUUAUUUCAGCUGCAUAUAAACAUGCUGAUGGUAAGAAAAUUGAUGGUAGAAGAGUAUUAGUUGAUGUUGAAAGGGGACGAACAGUUAAAGGAUGGACUCCAAGGAGAUUAGGAGGGGGAUUAGGUGGUACCAGAAAAGGUGGACCAGAAGAAAAUACCAGAUUCUCUGGCAGAGAAGGGAGUUACCGUGACGAUCGACGUUCUCGCAGUCGUGAAAGACCACCAGAGCGUGAACGUGAUAACAGACGACGUCGCUCUCGCAGUAGAGAAGACAGACGCAAACGUAAUCCAGGUCGAGAAAGGAGAAGGUCUCGCAGUCGAGAUCGACGCAGGAGUAAAGAACGAGAAGGACCUGAAGUUGAAGAAGAAGAGCCUGGUAGAAAAGAUCGUAAAAGAAGUAGAAGAAGCAGGUCAAGAGAUCGUAAACGAAGCCGAUCCAGAGACAGGAAACGUAGUCGAAGAAGCCGAAGCCGAGACAGGAGAAGAUCUCGAGAGAGAAGAAUCAAAGAUGAACCCGAUGAUGGCUUUGAUCCUAAUGUUAGAAUUAAGGAAGAGAAGACUCAAGAUGAUUAUAGAUAUGGACGUUUACAGAAUGAUUCUAAUGAAGAGGCUGAAGAUCGCAAGAACUUUGAUCCAGCUCUGGUAAAACACGAAGAUGGUGAAGAAGAUGGAGAAGAGAAUGGUAAUGAUGAUGAAGGAGAUUACGAAGAAGAAGAGUAUUAUAAUGCUCAUCCUAGUGAUGUGAAAAAGGAGGAAAUUCCAUCUGAUGAUAGAUAUUAAGGGAACUGACUUUUUUUUCGUUUGCUAGAUAGAAAUGAUUUUGCUAAAAGAGACAUUUUCAAUAUUAAGAGACAUCUGCAUUGAGAUCAAUAAAGAUCAGCUAAGAUUUUAACUUUAUGUUUUAAAUAUAUUUUUGCAAAAUUUCAUGGAACCUUGGUACUAUAGUUGUGUGCUUCUUUUUUGUGUAUGUGUCUCAGCCAAUUUGUAGAUAGAAAUUGUAUAUUUUAAUCAUAGUCAAGUGAAAAAACUAUAUGUAGCCUUUCUGUAAUUUUUUUCCAAUUGAAUCAAUCAAAAUGAAUAGAAUUAAAAUAGCACUUUGUUGUCAUCUUCCGCUUAAAGGCAAAGAAGUUGCUCUAGAAUGUAUGAAGAUUUCUAAAUGUUAUUGCUAUAUUAAGUAUUCACAUUGGCAAUUAACCCUAUGUCAGUCAUCUUGUUGCCUAAUACUAGUAUGAACACCACUUAAAAAGAUCCUGGAAUCAUCCAACAACAAAGGGUUAACUAAAUUGUGUGUUUCUAUCAAAGAAUUAGUUUUAUUUCAUCAUUAUGUACAUUUUUUGUAGUCAUUUUUAGUCAUCAUCAUAUUUGUAUUUUAUUGUCAUCAUUAAUCAUCAUCAUCAUCAUUAUUAUGUUUUCAGUGUUCACUUUAAUUAUGGAUCAUAAAUGAAGUCAAUUUGAAUUUUAUCUGAGCAGAUCUGUUGAGUUAUGCUUUCUAAAAAAAAACCUUAUUUACACAAUUUGGCAAUUAAAAGUUUUUAUGAAAAUGGGGCUUAAUACUGAAUUUUAGUUGAAGAAAAAAAUUAAAUUUGGAUUUGAAUAUAAUUUGCAAUCAAUUUUCAUGUUUUGAAGAUUUUUAUGAAAUUUAAACUUGAUUAUAAUGCAUCUUUAAAAUCAGAAAUCAGGAAUUAAUAAUCAAAUAAUUAUUGAUCAUUAUGAAAAUUAUCCAGAUGCUCUUGAAUAUCUCCUUUUCAUAAUCAAAGUAUUAUUUUACUUGGCUUCUAUUCAACAUGUUAUCAUUACAUUGUCUGUUAUUAAUCAUAUCAUUAGACACAUAAAAAUAUAACAUGAUUGACAUAAAGCACACGUUAAAGGAAAUAAGGCUAAUUUUCUAGGUUUCUCACUUUGCUAGUCAGAUUUGUUUUCGAAUUAAAGCUAGUCCAAAAAGAAUCACUUCUAGUAUUUUGUAAUUUGGACUAAUUUUUAUACUGAAUGAAAUUUGAAUGGCAGGAGGUGUAUCCCUCCUUUUAGCUUUUGACAAAAAAAAAUAACCCUUAACCCUCUAUUCUAUGCAUUCAUUAUAAUGAGAUGUCAUGGGCUUUUGUCGUGAUCAGUCAAAGAAUAAAAAAAAAAAAUGAAACAUUACUUUGACAUUUCAGUAGAAUGUAUAAGGUAUUAAGGGAUGAAGGCCGACACCGGACUGACUCUCGGAAGCAGAAGUACAGGAAUAGACAUUGCCAGACGUAGGAAGGUCUUAUUAUCAAUUUUCCUUGUAUUGUUUAUGUAAAGAAGUCAUGUUGCUAGUACCGAUCCAAUCACUAUGUCUGCUGUUAUAUUUAUUGUUAUCAUAUUUUGUGUCUGCUUAAUUAAAUAUAUCAACACUGAA